AUGAGAUGGGGUCAUAAAGCUAAUCCGGAUAGGUGGUUCAUAAACUUACAACCUCAAUUCCAAGAAGUUGUAGACGCAAUGGAAGUGAAUGGUGAACCAGAUAUAACUGGUAUUUUCAGCGCGGCUUUAAUGCCAUUGAAAGAUAUGAAAGAUGCAGAUAUUUUGGACCAGUAUGAAAUGAACAUGGCUGAUGGAAAUAUAACACCUGACGUUCUAGAACAUUUAUCUCAAAGAACUACACAGAACCAUAGAGAUGGUAUAUUUGGUGAAGAGUUUAGAAAGAAAGUUAGAGAGAGAGAAGGAAGAGAACCUAUUGUACAUGACCUUGCAAACGAAAGUUUGCAAAAUGUCAUAAAAACUUACUUUGCAGACAAUGAACUGAGAAGGGAUGAAUAUUUAAGAAAACUCAAAUGGACAGUACCAAAUGAAAUGUUAGUAUUGAAAAACAUGUUCCUUGACAAAAUAAAACCAACUACAGAAAUAAAUGACGCAAGACUGAAACAUUGGGUAAAAGCUUUCCCAUUCACAAAAGAUAUUAUUGGUUACAUGGAAAGAAAAUCAGAAUGGCUACAAAAACAUAUAUUUGGAAACGAGCUUAUUCCAUAUGGACAAGUUCUGUUUGAAGAGCUUGAACCGGAAACUCAGGAAAGAGUCAUGCAAACAAUACGCGAAGACUCAAAUACAAACUAUGACAAAAUCUUUCUAGGAUAUAGGUUACCUGAGAUGGGCGACCAGAGCCCAAAGGCAAAAAGGACAUGGGAAAUUUACAACAUACUAGGUGAACAUGAGGCAAAGAUGCAACAACUUGAAGCAGAGGGCAAGUUACCAAAAGCGACACCAAAGAAGAAGAGAAGAGUAGAACAAAGUGAAAGUAGUGAAGAAGUAACUUCAUCUAGUGAAAGUAGUGGCAAUGAAGGAAAAGAAGAGUUAAAACUCAGUCAGGAAGAAAAUAAAGCUUGGUCCGA